GGAAGCCUUAAAUAUCUGUACAAGUUCCCAACAAUAUUAGUCCUUUAUAGUGCUAAAUAAUCUAUUCUACAUGUUUAAGUACAUUACCUAUGCAGUAUGCAACAUUAUUUAUAUAGGCGAAAAUACAUUUCAGAUCCAAUAAGUCUGACUCGGAGAGAGUUAAGAAGGUGGUUUCUUGUCCAUUCUGUUACAUGUCACUGUUGCCCUGAAGCCUGACCAGCACACCGCAGGCUGUCCAUCAAAGCAGUGUCCUAGCUCUCGGUAUGUUUAGAUAACUAAACAACGUGUCUUUUUUUCUUUAAGGUUUCGGCGUAUAAUCUAGUUCUCGGACGCCAUGCACAGGGUAUCUCAAGCUAAAGUAGCUGAAUAUACCGGAGCCAUUUUCUGCACAGCAGCAGCACACUUCAUGCUAACGAGGAAGUGGCGCACACACUGAGUCUCGUACAGACAAGAGCUCUUCACAGCAGAAAGCUCGUCCCGUGUAUGGCAGACUAGCAGUGUACACACACUCCACACCAUGGAUGCCAUCGGCGUCUUAAACACCAAUCCGCUGGACGAAUACGAGCUGAUCCACCGCAUCGGGAGCGGCACCUACGGGGAUGUUUUCAAGGCACGUAACAUUAGCACAUCGGUCAUCUCAGCCAUCAAAGUAGUCAAACUGGACGCUGGAGAUGACAUUUCAAGCAUUCAGCAGGAGAUCACCAUGAUGAAGGACUGCAUGCACAAAAACAUUGUGGCCUAUUUUGGCAGCUACCUCAGAAACAACAAAUUGUGGAUCUGCAUGGAGUUCUGUGGAGGAGGAUCACUGCAAGACAUCUACCAUGUGACUGGACCUCUGAAAGAGAGACAGAUAGCAUAUGUAUGCAGAGAAACACUACAGGGACUACAUUAUUUACAUAUGAUGGGAAAAAUGCACAGAGAUAUAAAAGGAGCCAACAUUCUUCUGACCGAGAGAGGAGAUGUCAAACUAGCGGAUUUUGGGGUAGCAGCAGAGAUAAAUGCAACAGUUGUGAAGAGAAAGUCUUUUAUUGGUACCCCGUACUGGAUGGCUCCAGAAGUGGCAGCUGUGGAGAGGAAAGGUGGCUAUAACCAAUUGUGUGACAUCUGGGCAGUAGGCAUAACAGCCAUAGAACUAGCAGAACUUCAGCCACCAAUGUUUGAUAUACAUCCAAUGAGAGCUUUAAUGCUGAUGUCCAAAAGCAGCUUUCAACCACCCAAACUGAAGGACAAGGCCAAAUGGACCAGAGAAUUCCACUAUUUUGUCAAGAUGGCACUUACUAAAAGUCCUCGGAAAAGGCCAACAGCUGAGAAACUGCUGCAGCAUGAUUUUGUUACCCAACUGCUGACACGUAAUUUGGUCAUAGAGUUGCUGGACACUGCCAACAACCCUGAUCUUCAGCACUCUCAGACUAUGGAUGACAGUGAUCUUGAGACAUGCAGUAUUUUUCCUGAUAAGAUAACAUCUUUAGCAAAACACCUGCCUGUCAGAAAAGAGCAGUUUGGCCAUGAAAAGUUUGGACCAUCCACGCAGAAAGACACAGACCCUUGGCCUGAUUCACUGGGAUCCUAUGAUGAUUGGAGCUCUAUUGGGAAUGAGGAAGCAUCUCAAGGUUUACUGGAGUGUGUUGAGGAAGCUUUGCAGGAGAGGAGCUUAACUAUGAAGAGAGCACCCUCUGCUGAGGACUCGCCAACAGAAGAGGACAAAUAUGGCACAGUGAAAAGGGUGGUCCCGAAGUCACAGGCAGCUAAAAUUCAUUCUCCUUCAAAUCAUGAUAAAACCGACUCCACCCCCUCUCCAAGUUCUUCUCCUCUCAUUGGCUCAACACCCCACUCAGUUGCUAACACCUCCCUUGUUAAUGAGUCAGCGCUGCUGGUCGGCUCAACAGCCUCUGACCUUUCCCUCCUCACAGACAUCUCCCUCAUCAGUGACUCCUCACUCUUAAACGAUUCCACCAGUCUGGGCUCUCUGUGCAUGACUCCAACAAAUGAUUUACUAAGCGGAAGCUCCGUUGCUUUUAAUUUAGGAGGGAACAGAGGUCACUCUCCUCCACGGCAGCCACUCUCACCUGAAUGGAGCACACUUAGAAGAAAAACAGAAGACUCUAAAGAUGGUGUUCAUGGACUACCACCUACACCUCAAGUGCAUAUGGGGGCCUGUUUCUCCAAAGUAUUUAAUGGCUGUCCUUUGAAGAUUCACUGUGCUGGCACUUGGGUUUUUCCAAAGACCAGAGAUCAACAUCUAAUCCUAGGUGCAGAGGAGGGCAUUUACACUCUCAACCUCAAUGAACUCCAUGAGGACACUAUGGAAAAGUUGCUCCCACAGAGAUGUAGCUGGCUGUAUAUCAUGAACAAUGUACUAAUGUCAAUCUCAGGAAAGUCCUCACAGCUGACCUCCCACAGUCUGCCUGCACUCUUUGAGCACCGGGAAAACAUGCAACGGCGCCAAGGUCACCUGUCAAUCAACGCCCACCGCUUAAGUACAAGAAUCAGCUCAAGGAAGUAUGCCAUAUCUGUGAAGAUCCCAGACACUAAGGGCUGUAGAAAGUGUAGUGUAGUACGGAACCCCUAUACGGACAGCGUUUUCUUGUGCGCAGCAGUGCCAAGCGGGCUGGUUCUUCUCCUGUGGUAUGAACCCAUGCAGAAGUUCAUGCAGCUCAAACACAUACCUCUUAAUCUGCCUGAGUCUUUGCCAGUCUUUGAGCUUCUGGUGCAGGAGAGUGAAGAACUUCCACAUUUGUGUGUGGGGGUGCACUACAGAAAUCACAACUCCCGAGAGGCCAAGGAUCAUCUACAAUUCAAUAUCAUCCCUCUUGAUGAUGCACCUAGAGAGCACCCAGAUGGUGAGAAUCUCAAACUGAAACAAGUCAUUCAACUGGAUAGAGACACAAUCCUCAUAGCUCUUAAAGACACUGUGAAAGCUGUUAAUCUGGAGGGCUGCUCCACAAAAGGCUUGGUCUCAGAACUCACCUUUGACUUCUCCAUUGAGACUCUUGUGUGUUUGCAGGAUAGUGUUCUUGCCUUUUGGAAACACGGACUGAAAGGAAUGAGCUUACAAAGUGGCGAGGUAGUACAGGAGAUCAAAGAUGAGAGUCGUGUCUUCCAUGUGCUGGGGACAAAUAAGGAUAUCAUCUUACAAAGCACUCCCACGGAUGAUCCGUCUGCUAUGAGCAACCUGUAUAUCCUUACAGGUCAUGAGAGCAGCUACUAAUGCAACUUGAAAGUUGAUCUACAGUCAUGAAGGCACUUCCCUCUUCUACAACAGAUAAAGAAGGAGCCCUCAGAUCCCAGAGAUGGGAGGCAGAGAGCGCCGGAAUCAUUCCUGCCAAUGUGAGAAGUCCAGCAGAUUCACAUAGAAGCAAGAAGAAAAAGAAAGAAGGGAACGGUUGAGCUGUCAGAGGCUCUGAUUCAGCAGCAAAUCAACAGAGAGAUUGAAAGAUGGACUUUAGUUACUACAGUUGAAGACAACAAAGGACAGAAUUAAAGUUUGGACUGUACUGUAGGAACCUGGUUUGUUAAUGUAAUGUAGCAGUGACUGUGACGACCAUCUUGACUGACGGUUAAACAGUUAUGGAAGCAAACAGCAAAGCUUGUCCUGUUCUCUGUUUUACUGACGGAGCAAAUCUUGACUGUCUUGAUGUCUUUGGUGGUGUAGUACUUUUCUACAAUGGUGUAUGUUUUGGUGUGUGUUAUGUGAGCCCAAGUUGACUCAUCUGGUCAGAGAAAUAUAAUUAUAGAUUUCUCAUUCAGACAAAUAAGAAUGUCCACUGCACUGUGAAACCUCAUGUAGAAAUGAACAGAGUAUUAAAAGAUAUAACACUCUUUUGUAUUAUAUCAGUGCCUAUGUAACUAAUGCCUACUUAUUAGUAUAGAAAUUUUAUAAUCCUCUACUAGAAACACCUGCCUAGAAAUACAUCAAUAUAAGAUCUUUUUUAAAUGUUUCACAACUGACCCCUAAAAUACUCAACUUCAUGAUUACAUACAAGAACCAAAACAUAAUUUAAUGUAUGUGGUGAUCAUCAUAACAACUAUUACAUCAAUAUUCUUACCACAUUUCACAUGAAUUCACUCUGGUGGAUCAUCAUAGCUCCCUGCAUACAUCCCUAAAAACCACCAUGGUCAGAUGUUUACCCCAUUGAGUACUGACCUGGAUGUUGCUUCCAGAUUAUGGGACCAGGAACACUCAACCUACCUCCAUUUGGUGAGACCCCAGGCUUUCCUCAUGCACAGCAGACUACCUAGGCACCAUUCCCACUCUGAGUAUCACCCGUCGCACCUUGGGAGAGAAAACAAAAGCAGGUUAGUAGGAGUGGAAAAUGACUUGGUUUGGCCAACACACAGCAGACAUGGCUGCGGCUACAAUUUCUAUUUCAACUAUGAUUUCAAUACUUUGUGGUGACCCCACAUAACCCCACUAUAUUUCUUUCAUACAUAUAUUCAGAAUACCACUGAUGCUACCAUAAUGAGUUUCCUCUUCCAGUUCAAUUGACCCUAUGUAUCUAAUCCUCCAGCUAAUGUCUGCCCAGUGAUGUUCUGAACUGUUUAAUGCUUUUAGAUAGGAAAUGAAAGCUGGAAUUCUUAUCUAUUAAAUCUUUUUUACUUUUUUUUUUUUAUUUUUUUUUUUUUAUUUCAAAUCAAAAUGUCUUCAGUGUAUAACAAAAAGAAAAGAAUUGACCUUGUUCCAAUACUUUCAGAGGGAAUUGUAUUCCAUUUUAUGAAUCCCUACAGAUUAUCUUAGGGAUAAAGCUCAAAUGGUUAAGGCUUUGGGGUUCAAGCCCCAGCACCACCAAGCUGCCACCAUUGUCCCCCAAGCCACCCUGCUCCAGGGACACUGUAUUAUGGCUGACCAUGUGCUCUGACCCCAACCCCCAAGGAUGGGGUUGCAAAGAAAGAAUUUCACUGUGCAGUAAUAUAUAUGUGACAAAAUAAAAACAACUUAACUUA